CCUUUCCGAGAGCUUGCAAAAAGUAUUCUUCCUUCAUUUCGAAAGGACGCAUGGCUUCGCUGCGCAGUAAAUAUGCGCAACGUGCCAGAGACAAGAGAUGUAUGCAUUGCCAAAGGGACCCAGCAAAAUUGCUGCAAACACACGAAGGGGUCUUCAAAGACAGUUUGAAAGCUUCGAAAGCAGGGAAUUCAGCUUGGGCAAAAACGAUCCUGGGGCCGCUAUGAGCGCUCCCAGGCCAGUCUUCAAUGGGAAGAGGCCAACAUCCCGACAAAACAGUUCACAGCAAGAACAAUUCUCACAGCAACAUGAAGAAUGUGUCCGAUACCUAAGUGAAAACUGGAAUAAAGUCAUGCGAGAAUAUGAACAAUUUAAAGAAGGUGGCAAAGAAGGUGGACCAGAAUGGUACAAAGAAAAAAAUCCAAAUCCUCAUCUUGCAGAUUUCAAGCCAUUUGAUCUUGAAGAAUAUUGGGGACACAGAACAAUGCGCAGAUUGACAGAAUCCAGUUGAAUUUUAACCAUGAAGUGUUCACAGUAUUUGUUGUCUGGCUGUUUUUGACUCUGUUUUUAAUGCACAUUAUCAGUUGUCAUCUCAUCAAAACAAAUCUCAUUAACUGUACAUCUACAUACAGGAAAAGAGUAAAAAAAGAAAAGUCUUAUUCUGCACAAUAC